AUGGCCAAAUACCAGAUGGCGGUGGCCCAAACGAGCCCGCGCACCCUGGUCCCCAUCUGCUACCUCGUCGACGUGUUGCCGGUGGAGGUCCGCCUCAAGAUCUACAAGUACUACUGCGAGGGCUCCCAAGUCGAGGCCUCCCUCGCCAAGAAUGGCGAUGAUCCUGUCGAGCAGACCGGCAGCCUCGUGCUCAAGUCAUCCGAGCACCUCAACCUACUCCAUACCUGCCGCACCAUCUACAACGAGGCCCUGGAGACCUACUGGUCCGCGACGCUCCUGCAGCUCAACCACCCUCCCCGCAAGAUGCCCGGCAACACCCGCGCUUGGGCGGAAGUGAAGCUCAAGAUCGACACCUACUCCCACCGCCUCUGCGCCGCCCUGCCCGAGGCGGCCAGGGCCAACGUCAAGGACGUCAGGGGCAUGGUGCUCCCGGCCCUCAAGAGCGUCUGGCUCCAGAACAAUCCCGGCCAGGACGCCUCCGCGCUCCUCGCCACCUUCAAGAAGCUGGAGACCUGCGAGAUGACGCAGACCCUCACCCACCCCAUCGACGGGCUGGUCCGACAUUACCCGGGCCUCGAGGACCUCGAGGACGAGAACUCCGAGGACGAGCACUCCGAAGACGAGCACUCCGAGGAAGAGAACCGCAAGGACGAAAACCUCGAGGACGAGGACCACGAGGACCCCAAGGACGAGAGCUACAGCCGAUUCAAGGUUACUGUAAUCUCGCCAUCCGAGUUCCUGAACGAGCGCUAUGGCUUGACCAACUUUGAUGGGAUCGUUUUCAUCUUGAAGGGCAAAGACAAGCAUGUCGUGGGCAUUAUUCCCCCGAUCAAGGCGUCUGUCUUUUACAACUUCUCGACUGGCAUCGCAUUCCAGGACAUGACCAAAGAGAUGGACGACGAGGAGGCCUACAAGAAGAUCCUCGAUAUCGAGGAGUAG